AUGGACCUCAGCGAACGCGAAGACCAAACCAGCGAUCCGGACGAGGACGAUAAUGAAUGCAAAAAAGUAUCUAAGAAAAUCGCCAAUGUAACACUGGAAUCGGAUUCUCUACCCGAAUCUCCACAGACCGCUGAAGAUCGAGCGGUUCGAAGAAAGAAGCGAACGAAGAAGAAGGGACAGCAAAUGGAUGUGGAUCCAACGCCAAGAAAUAAAGCAGAAAAAUACAUGGAUUGUGAUGGUUUCGAGUCGCACAUCUCUUCUAGCGACGAAUCGGCUUCUGAAGAUAACAAAGGACAGGAAGCAGAUGAUGAGCAGAGUGACUGGGUUGGAGACGUUGGCGAGGCCAGCGAUACGACACCAACACACAGUCCACCGUUCCAACCGCCACUCGAUCGAAAGUUGCAUGCCCGACGAUCGCAGAAUGCUCAUCAGACGUCUAGUAUGCAGAAGAAAAUUGAAAAAUUCGCUCGUGAAGGCGGCCGCGGCGAGCUCGUCCUUGAAACUCGAUUCCGUGAUCGUGCUUCGAGCUCUCUUCUCCAACGCUACCUGUACAAAUACCACUUGGAAGUGGUCCGACGCCAUCGUGGAUCCAUCACUCUUCGAAAGAAAUUCGAAACUCCCAGCACGUCGACUGCUCGCUAA